CCCAGAUUUGCUCGCGUCUGUCCCCCGGGGGCGUGGAGACAGCGCACCUGCGGCCGGGGUGGCCGUGGGCCCUGCAGCCCGAAAUGAAUCCAAGCCCCAGGGCGCGGUGGGGUCGAAACAGGCACCUUUUUACCCGCUUCGCGGGGCAGCCCGACUUUGUACAUUUUGUGUUAAGGGGGACAGAGACCCCGCCUGCCGGAGUUGUGCAAAUUGAAGCUGAUGGUGUAUAAAGUACCCAGCGCGGUAGAUACCGUGAGGGGGCUCAGUACAUUGCUUCCACUUUCGAGGGGCCUCUCCGACCUAAUUCAAAAGAAGAGCAGAGAUCUCUAAGAAGUCAUUUGGAAACAUUUCUAAAUAUUUGUAACUGUGUAUAAGCAGCUAAAGAAAACUUAACCCACAGCAAAACUAAUUGAAUAAUUGAGGCAGGUUUAUGUAUGUGUCAUCAGUUCUAUCCAGAAGCUGAAGAAUCUUCCUUUGAAUUUAAGGAUUGUGUACAUUUAGUGAGAGAAUGACUUUUCAAUUUAAUUUCACUAUAGAAAACAAUCUGGAAAAUGAAUUAACACGCGUUGGACAUGGAGUUUUGGCCCUGGAUUCCUCCAAAGAGUCUUCAGUCUCAGAAAGUAAAAAAGAUAGGGACAAAAAAUGUUCUACCGAACAGUUUGACUUGCCUCAGGAUCAUGUGUUGGAACAUAAGCCAGUGGGAAAUGCAGCUCCCUUUCAAGACACAGAGAACUCACUCAGCGCAGCUAACAGUUCAAGUAACUUAGAGCCAUGUGAAAAACAUCCCUGCAUGAGAGUUGCCAAAGAGCAUGCUAUGCCCGAAGAUUUCAAGAAAGUGUUAGAAAAUAAAGUCAUAGAGAGGUUACCAGGUCUCCCCCAUGUUAAUGUAUCGGUAGUGAAAACCGUCUUGUUGAGAGAGAACUGCCCUGGAGAAAACAUAGUUUCGCAAAGUUGUUCUUCUCACUCUGAUCUGAUUACAGGUGUUUAUGAAGGAGGCUUAAAAAUCUGGGAAUGUACCUUUGACCUGCUGGCUUAUUGCAAAAAGGCCCAAGUGAAAUUUGCUGGGAAAAAAGUGUUGGAUCUUGGCUGUGGAGCAGGGUUGCUGGGUAUAAGUGCAUUCAAGGGAGGGGCCAAAGAAAUUCAUUUUCAAGAUUACAACAGUAUGGUGAUUGAUGAAGUAACCUUACCUAAUGUAGUGGCUAACUCUACUUUGGAAGAAGAAGGAAAUGAUGUCAGCGAACCAGAUGUGAAAAGAUGCAGGAAAUCCAAAGUAGCACAAGAAUUAUGUAAAUGCCGGUUCUUUUCAGGGGAGUGGUCUGAGUUUUGUAAGCUUGUACUAAGUAGUGAAGAAUUCUUUGAAAAAUAUGAUCUCAUUCUUACCUCAGAAACCAUUUACAACCCAGAUUACUAUGGUUCUUUGCACCAGACAUUCCUCAGAUUAUUAGAUAAAAACGGACGGGUGCUUUUGGCCAGCAAAGCACAUUAUUUUGGUGUAGGUGGAGGUAUUCAUCUCUUUCAGAAAUUUGUAGAAGAAAGGAAUGUAUUUGAGACUAGAACACUCAAAAUAAUUGAAGAAGGACUAAAGAGACACCUAAUUGAAAUGACUUUUAAGCAACCCAGUUAAUAUCCACUGAGUGUCCUAAGUGAAAUAAAGAGAAUAAUCAAAAACUUG